AUGGCUCGUGUGAUUACUAAUAACAAUGGUAAUACAUCGUCAUCAACUAAAACAGCAUUUAUUGAUCGAUUAUCACAUUCAGUUAUUAAGGAAACAUCAAAAACUUUAAAACAUUAUAUUGAUGUGAAACGCCGUGAAAAUGAUUUUAUUCUCAAUCCAAAUUCCUCAGCAUGUGAUUCUAUACCACUUAAAGCACGAUUUAUGUAUGGAACAACAAAAGAAUAUCCACCACUCUAUGGCUCUUAUCACUCAGAUAACGAUCUCAAAAUUUAUUUACGCAGUUUUCAAAAACAACAAAAACAACAUAAUACAUCAUUACCUAGUGCUGAAAAACAAUUGUGUCGUGAUGAACUAAAUUUUCAUAUGCGUUCAUCUGAACAUUCACCGAGAGAAAAUCAAAAAUUCUCUGAACUUCGUUUAAGACCAUCAGUACGAUCAAAUUCAUCGUGUAGUCUAACAUCAAGUGCUGAUUUUCAAAAACGAAAUUCAAAAUCUGCAUCGAAAUUUUCACGUCAUCGACAAGAUCACUUAAUUGAUAAUGCAGCAAAUAUUCUUGCAUCUAUGAUUCAAACACGACGAUCAAUUUAUGAAAAACAAUUCUUAUCACAACAAACCCCAGCAAAUUAUGAUUCACGUAAUGCCAAUCCUUCGCCUCGUCAAGCAGAUGAUCAAUUUAAUACACAGCAAGUGCUACCAUCUUCAAAUAAUGCAUCAGCAAGUGUAAAGCUUCCAACUGUUACGCAAGAACCUAAAAAAGCAAAACGUAAAACUAGAAAUGAACUGGCAAAAGCAACAUAUAUUAUGCACAAAGCAAAACCUAUUACUAAAGGCAUUUUAUGUGAUUAUCAAAUAUCAGUUACAACAGGAAAUUGUAAUGGUGCCUCAACAGAUGCACCUAUUCGUGUAAAACUGUACGGAACACAUGGAUAUACUGAUUUCGAUGAUCUUGUCGAUUCCGAAACACAUCGUGUACCAUUUUUAAAAUGUCAAACAGAUGUAUUUACUAUUCGAAAAUAUCAUGUUGGAAAAUUAGCUGGAAUUACUAUUGGGCAUGAUCAAAAAGACAUAAAAUCUGGUUGGUUUUUAUAUAAAGUAUCUAUUAAAGAUCCAAUACGUAGUAUAACUUAUGAUAUUCUGUGCAAUGCUUGGCUAUCGAGUAAAUCAACGGAUCAAAAGACAAUACGUGAUUUCGAAGUUACUUCAGUGAUACUACCCAAAACAAAUAGUUAUGCGUACGGUAUGAAAAAUAUUAAAUCAAUUUUUCUAAGAUUUUAA